CUUUUCUCACUCCGAGACACAAAAUCACGUGGAAGCAAACCUGUCGUGGACGUCUUCCAUGGACCUCGGACUAAUGAGCCCGAUGGGGAGGUUGUCAAAGCCUCUCUUCUCAUGGCAAAACUUGCAAGUGAAAUGACGACAGGAGAUCUACUAUUGGUUUGCAUUACCGGCGGUGGUUCUGCCAUGCUCACCCUUCCAAGCUCCAUUCGAAGGGAUCUUGACCCUGCAGAUGAUACUGCGAAAAGAAUCCCUCUGCAGUCUAUCGUGCAAACGUCGAGAUUGUUCUCUUUGGCUGGUGCAUCAAUUCAAGAGAUAAACAGUGUCCGAAGUUGCCUGGAUGUAAUGAAAGCCGGCGGACUAGCACGACUUGCAGCUCCCGCUCAGGUUGUAAGUCUUAUACUCUCGGAUGUUGUUGGCGAUCCCAUUGAAUUCAUUGCGAGUGGGCCAACGUUUAUCAGGGAGGAUGAUGCUGACUGUAACCCCUUUGUCCGCGCGCAAGCUGUCAUCGAUAAGUACGACCUUGGUUCUAAGAUACCGGAACCUGUGAAAAAGUUUUUUGACGAGCGCUCUGACGUGGGCAAUGCUUUAGCCCUGGUUGGACCUAAACCUGCGAAUCACAUUAUUGGCAACAUUAGUAUGGCCUUGGUGGCCGCAGCUGAAGAAGCAGCCUCAUACAUUCCUGCCGGGAUUACUUCUACUCCGUCCACUGUGGUUAAAGAUCAACUCAGUCGUACCCCAGUAGAUCAGUACCAGCUUCUACUGCCUAUCGUACUUACCGGAGACCUGACUGGGGAUAUGCAGGAGAAGGCGGACGCGGUUGCAGAUCUCGCGUGGCAUCUGCGAUAUUUCAUUCAAACAAUCAUGCGAACUCCAAACUUCAUUUUCAGCGAUAUAACACCAGAAAUGGUACGCUAA